CCAAAAGACUAGUCUGUUAGUAGAGAGAACUCAUUUAGUCUGUACACCACACAUCGACCGAUUACUCUUACGACCAAUGUGGGACAUUGAGUCCAUAAUGGUGUACCAUCUUUCUCUGCAAAUUACUACACCUACAAUGCAAAUGCUUUCUCUCUCACAUUUCUUGAUUCUGCUCCUCUCCACUCCUCUCCUCCUCUUCUUCCUCCACAAAUGGCGUCGCAGCCACGCUCCAUCCUCUCGAAAAAGACCACCGCCGUCUCCUCCAAAGCUCCCGUAGUUGGGGAACCUCCACCAGGUGGGCCCACUCCCCCACAGAUCCCUCCAGUCCCUCUCCCGCCGCCACGGCCCCCUCAUGCUCCUCCACUUCGGCAAGGUCCCCGUCCUCGUCGCCUCCUCCGCAGCGUAUGCGUGCUUCAUCUCCUGAGCAGCAAGAGGGUCCAGUCCUACCGCCGCGUGAUGGAGGAAGAGACGUCCCUCAUGGUCGACAAGAUCCGUUCUUCAUCCACGGCUGUGAUCAACCUGAAGGACGCGGUGGCGUCGAUGACAAACGAUGUGAUCAGCAUGGUGGCGCUGGGGAAGAAGUCCAGCUGCGGAGAGAGGAAUUUUCACAGAACUAUAGCGGACUUUGAGGAGCUGUUGGGGGUUGUACCUUUGUGGGAGUACAUUCCAUGGUUGAGUUGGAUGAGGAGGUUUGAUGGUGUGGAUGGUAGGAUUGAGAGAGUGGCUAAAGCAUUGGAUGAGUUUUUGGAGAGUGUGAUUAAAGAGCAUAGGGUUAGAGAGAGGAGAGAGAGUGAUGGUGGUGACUUGGAUUUUGUGGACAUAUUGCUUGAUUUCCAGAGGGACAAUGGAAGUGGCACUCCUGUUGAUGAUGACACUAUCAAAGCUAUUAUCCUGGACAUGUAUGCUGGUGGAACCGAUACUACAUCCACAACUCUUGAAUGGACGAUGACAGAGCUUAUAAGAAAUCCAACAACCAUGAAAACACUCCAAAAUGAAGUGAGAGAAGUAGUGGGAAGCAAGGUCGAAAUAGAUGAGAAAGACUUAGAGAAAAUGCUUUAUUUAAAAGCAGUGACAAAUGAGAGUUUGAGGCUGCACCCACCGAUCCCAUUACUAGUUCCUCGUGAAUUAACUCAAGACACAAAAGUACUAGGCUACGACAUCAUAUCCGGCACACGUGUCUUGAUCAAUGCUUGGGCAAUUGCUAGGGAUUCAUUGUUAUGGGAAAAACCUGAACAAUUUUAUCCGGAGAGGUUCCUUGAAAUGAACAUAGACUACAAAGGUUUGUAUUUCGAGCUGAUCCCGUUUGGGGCAGGUAGGAGGGGUUGUCCAGGUGUUACAUUCGCUACGACAGUCUAUGAGCUUGCUUUAGCAAAGUUAGUGCAUAACUUCGAUUUCGAAUUGCCUAAUGGAAUAAAGAUGGAGGAGUUGGAUGUUAGUGAAUCUAGUGGACUCACAAUGCAUAAAAAGUUUCCUUUACUUGUAGUAGUUUCUCCUCAUACUUGUUAAGUACUACUCCGUCCGUCCCCCAUAAUUCGUCACUA